UGCCAAUGUAGUCGCGGAUAUACAGGUGUCAGAUGUGAUAUUGAAGAUUGUACGUAUAACAAUCCGUGUAUGAAUGGUGGUAGUGCAAGGCGAGCUGGCUCGUCAUGUUACUGUAGUUGCCAAGCUGGCUGGACAGGAAGUACAUGUGAAACUCGAGAGGUAAUUUGCCAGCCUUGUCUGAAUGGUGGUUUUUUAAGCUCGCCUAGUAGAUGUUUAUGUACCUGUAGAGAUGGUUACAGUGGACCACAGUGUGAAACCGGUAAGUGUGGAUGUUCAAAUGUAUGUCAAAAUGGAGGAAUUGCUUCAACCCCGGCCAGCGGAUGUCGCUGUUCUUGUACCAAUGGAUAUACCGGAAGUAGUUGUACUAUACCUCUAUGUACGCCGUUGACCUACCCUUGUCAAAAUGGAGGAACAACGACUUCUAACGGUCAAUCAUGCUCAUGUUCAUGUCCACUGGGAUAUUCAGGACUAACUUGUGCUACCAAUAUGUGUUCUGGACAAUGUGGUAAUAACGGACGAGGUCAACCUGCAGUUGGUGGAGGGUGUACAUGUGUCUGUAAUACUGGUUAUACUGGAGAUAAAUGUACAGUGUCUCUAUGCGACGACUAUUGUGGAGACAAUGGUUUUGCCACAGCAUCUUAUGCUUCCGGUUGUAGUUGUAGAUGUGUAGCAGGCUUCACCGGAUCUCAGUGUCAAUCACGUGUUUGUUCUCAAUCGCUGGUACGAUGUGAAAAUGGUGGAACCCCCACAUCUAAUGGUGCUGCUUGCUCUUGUCAGUGUCCCCCGGGAUAUACAGGAUCCAGGUGCCAAACAGAAAUAUGUCUUGGAUACUGUGGUGCCAAUGGAACCCCCGGAUUUAACUCUGUUACUGGCUGUACAUGUAGGUGUAACGCUGGAUAUACUGGACCAAAAUGCGAGACUAACCAGUGUCUAGAUUUUUGCGGUAUUUAUGGAAGACCGUCUUUACCUUUUAACGCUGGAUGUGGUUGUAUUUGUCAGACAGACUAUACUGGCCCUAGGUGCGAUGAACAAGCAUGUACACAAGCUAGAAUGGGGUGUGUUAACGGUAGAGCUCAGAUCAGUGGUAGAGCGUGCACAUGUGUUUGUAACGCUGGUUUCUCUGGACCACGGUGUGAUCGGGCUCUGUGUGAUAACUAUUGUUCCAAUGGUGGUAGUCCGUUCCCAACAACCAGUGGUUGCAGUUGUUCCUGUCCGGCUGGAUUCACUGGUGAUAGAUGCCAAGAUGCGUUAUGCAGUACAUAUUGUGUGAAUGGAUCACCGACAUCGUCUAAUUACCCGAACUGUGAAUGUAGAUGUAAUGCCAAUUAUAUUGGUCCUAAAUGUGAUACUUUAGACCCCUGUCUAUCUCUUACAUGUAAUAAUGGUGGAACUAAGGUACCACAACGAGGAUCCUGCGUCUGUCAAUGUAGACCAGGUUACACUGGGCCUGAUUGUAGAACCUCGAUAUGUUCAAGAAGCAAUUGUAAUAACCGAGGAGAUUCUAUUUACGAUCCAUUAAGCGGAAGUUGUGUAUGUUUCUGUAACCAAGGAUACACUGGUACACAAUGUGAAUUGCAAACAUCUUGCCGUGACGAUUGUAUGAAUGGAGGUGUUGCUCGAAUGGCCGCUCCAGGUGUAUGUGUCUGUGAUUGCCAGGCAGGUUAUACAGGAACCAUAUGUGAAACUUUGAUUGAAACCCAGACCUGUACCGGAAGUGAAAACAAGUGUCAGAAUGGACAGCCUGCUAUUAAGAACGCCUGUACUGGACAAUGCCAAUGUGUCUGUAACCAAUUCUACGCUGGAGCUUAUUGUGAAAUCAAAAUUGACACAAAUGUCUGUGAUGAAUGUC